UAGAACCAUUUUGUGAGGGAGGGUUUAGGACAGGGUUAUUUUUUAUCAAACAUUUUAAAAUAUCGCCAGUUUUCUGGUGAUUAUUUAUUUUUUAAUAAGAGGGGGGUACGAAGAUAUAAGUACUUUAGAAGACGUUUGAGCUUUUAGAGAACAGCUGAGUCAGUUAGCAGGUUAGCUGAAGUGUUAGCCGGGCGGCUAAUAAAUCUGCGCGUAAUAACCGACAUUUACACACAUUCCAGCAAAGAACGACAAGAGGCGAGCGCGAAGAGAACAUGAGCAACCCCUCGUCCCAAAAAGUCGUGCUGAAAAGCACCACCAAGGUGUCGCUGAACGAGCGAUUCACUAACAUGAUGAAGAACAAGCAGCCGGCGGCGGUCAGCAUCCGGGCGAACCUGCAGCAGCAGCACAUGGCCAGCGCCAGGAACAGACGUCUCGCCCAGCAGAUGGAGAACAGACCGUCCGUGCAGGCGGCCCUGCAGCACAAGCAGAGUCUGAAGCAGCGACUCGGGAAGAGCAACAUCCAGGCGCGGCUCGGCCGCCCCGUCGGCCCCCUGAUGCGCGGAGGACCCGGGGGUCGCGGCUUCCCGAUGGGAGGGAUGCGCGGAGCCGGGCGAGGCCUCAGAGGGCGAGGUCGAGGGGGCGUCAUGAGAGGAGCACUAGCACUCAGAGGCCAGAUGAGGGGGCGUGGAGGUCCGGGACGUUUGGGCAUCCGGAGAGGAAUGCGCCAGCGAGGAGGAGCCUCCGGGCGCGGAGCCGUCAUGACCGCUCGAGGAGGUGCGCGCGGAGCACCCGGAGCCCGAGGACGCGGCGGUCUGCGAGGUCGGGGCGGUUUCGUCGGACGAGGGCGCGGCCGUGGCAGGGGCAGAGGAGCGGGCCGUUCCGCCGUCACCAGAGAGCAACUGGACAAUCAGUUAGACGCCUACAUGUCCAAAACCAAGGGGCACCUGGACGCCGAGCUGGACGCCUACAUGGCUCAGGCCGACCCGGAGAGCAUGGAGUGACCCGCCUGUACCGAUGACGAGAUCUUGGUGACCGGGUGUGGCGUUACAGGACGUUUUUAUUAGAAUCUUAAUGUUGUUCAGCCUGAAUCAUGGGCUGUUGGGCUCGAUCUACAAAACAAGCCAGUUUCUUACGAGUAGAUGGACUAGUCGCUCAGAUGUUGGGUAGAACUCCAUAAGACCUGAAGAUGAUGAAGGUGGAACCUGUGUACACCGGUCUGAUCUCCUCUCUCCCCUCAGAAUCGGAAGAAUUGGGACCUUGGUCUCGAGAGCUGAGCGUCGGGGGGAGUAGAGAAAACGUCAGCUGAUUUGUUUUAGCAGCGGUUAGCCAGCGCUGGGCUGUUUUAUCUGUUUUAUUUUAACGGUCACAUGACUGAUGAAUUUAUUGUUUAAAAAAAGUCACUGAAAUAUUUGGAUUUAUUGUAAAACCACCUGUUUUUACUUUCUUGUAAUAAAUAAAUAUCGGACCUGACGGACCAAAAA